AAAUUAUUAAUAGUGUGAAGUAAACGUAUUAAGUGUUUAUUUUAAUAAAUGUGAUUCACCGAUUAAGUUCGUUACCUGUUUGCACGAUCGUAAUUUUUACGAACGAACUACCCGACCACAAGCAAUUGGAGAGAAAUACCAACCUCGGGGAAGAACCCAUCUCAAAUGGCGGUGCCUCAUCACGAUGAACAACGAAUGAAUUCAACAACAUUCAUUUUAAUUUGAUCACUUGAUCAAGUCAGUUGUUAAUUGCGCAAAAAGUUCCAACCUGCAAGACAAGUAGUUAAAAUAUUAAAGACACAUAUGCUUACAUGUGUUUAAGUUCUUUGAAUUGUGCUUAGUGUUAGAGUCAAUAUAAAGUAACAUUAUAGUAUUCAGUGUCGUAAUCGUGACAACGUGAAAUUAGAAGUGAUUCAAGGUUGAAUAUUAUAAAUAUCAAUACACACACAUAUACAUGUAUACUAUAUAACAAUAAAGUUAUCUCCCUAUCAAAAGAAAAAGAUAAACAUAAUCAAAAUAUUCAAAAUGAUAAACGAGUACAUAGAUAUGGAUACGCACAGUAUUCGCUACGUAAGCGAAUCAUCAAACGCCAGUACUAGUGGAUAUUCAACAAUGUCACCUGGAUAUAGUAGCGUGCAGUCAACCCCACCGUCACCAUCACAGUCUCCAUCGUCUCAAUUACGAACAGAAUUUUCAAAUAUGAACUUACCCUCCGAGUCUCCACACAAUCAACCUUCUUACGCCACAUUGCAAAAUGCAACCCUGUUGUACAACCAAAAUGCUCAUCCCUUAAAUGCAACAAAUAAUUGUAUGAAUUUCGCACCGGUCAUGGGAAUGCCUUCAGCAAUGGUUACAUUACCACAACAUCAAUACGGUGGACUUCCUACACAAUCAUCACAAAUGUUCACAAAUAUUUCUGGAGCGACGAUGAAAACAAUAACAUCAAAUGGGAAAUAUCCUGCGGAGCUGCGUAUACUUGAACAUCCUGUGGAAAAAUUUCGUUUUCGUUAUAAAUCUGAAAUGCACGGAACACAUGGUUCGUUGAAUGGUGCCAAUUCCAAGCGUACGCCAAAAACAUUCCCCGAAGUGGAAUUGUGUAAUUUUAAUGGUAAAGCUGUUAUACGAUGUAGCCUCUUUCAAACCAAUCUGGAAAGUCCACACUCGCAUCAAUUAGUAGUGCGUAAAGAUGAUACUGACAUUUGUGAUCCACAUAGUUUGAUUGUUUCCCCCGAGCGUGGGUACGUGGCACAAUUUCAAAAUAUGGGAAUCAUACACACAGCAAAGAAGUUUAUUUUUGAUGAAUUAUUAAAUAAGAAAAUGAAUAGAUUGAAAUUUGAAUUGGCUCGUGAUGAAUUAACUACAAAAGAAGUACAAGAGUUACAUAAAGAAACAGAAAAAGAGUCAAAGGAAAUGAACCUCAAUCAGGUGCGUUUAUGUUUUGAAGCGUUCAAAGUGGAAGAUGAUGACACUUACACUCGUAUAGCUGCCCCGGUAUAUACAAACCCUAUCAACAACCGUAAAUCCGCACAAACUGGUGAACUACGCAUAUGUCGUUUAAGUAUUGCUACCGGAAGUGUGUCUGGCGGCGAUGAUCUCAUUCUUCUAGUUGAAAAAGUUAGCAAGAAAAACAUAAAAGUACGUUUCUAUGAAUUCAACGAUGACGAAGACCUAGUGUGGGAAGCAUAUGGUAAAUUCCGAGAAUCUGACGUCCAUCACCAAUACGCAAUUGUUUGUCAAACUCCGCCAUACAAAGACAAGGAUAUUGAUAAGCCUGUAGAUGUUUGCAUAGAAUUGGUACGACCUACCGAUGAUGAACGUAGUUAUCCACCUGUAACUUUCCGUUAUAAGCCUCGUGACGUCAUUGUUUCGCGGAAACGACGUCGAACCUGCUCGAGGUCCACUAGCAGUUCUGGUUCUGGCAGCUCUUUAAGUUCGUUUGAAUUACCAAAACCAGUACAGGAACAAACAGCUAACGUAAAAGUGGAAAACCAUCAAAUACAAAUGCAACUUGGUAACACUGGAGGUGAAGGUGGUGAUUAUAGAAUGAAUAAUCCAACCAUUAGUGAAGAAUAUGACAAAAAUUUACAAAUCAAUCGGUUAAUAGGUAGCGAUACGUUUAAAGAAUGUAUGCAAAUGAAUUCCGAAGAACUCGAAAAUAUAUGCCGAAUAGAUUCUAUUGGCAACAUAUCGGGUAUCAUAGAUAUUUAUAAUGAGCUUUCUGGACCUGGAACUCCUACCAAUAAUCUUACUGGAACUCUCGUAGAGGAUGGUGUAUCCACAACAUCCUUUUCAAACCGACAAAUAUCUAGUGAUUUACGUAAAGAGUAUAUGAAAUCUAUAGUAGCAGCACCUACGGACGUACAGCGCAAUAGCUAUUUACAAAAAAUAUUUAAAAUAUUCGAUGAUAUAAGAACAUCGAAAAAUAAAAGUGAAAACGAAUUAACGAAAGCAAAAGCAGCAAAAGCAGCAAAAGAAAUUGAUGAUAUAUUUAUGGAGCAUUCGGAAAGAAAUGAAUUUCGUGAAAAUAUUCUCCAUGAAAUUAUAGCUAGUGAUAAUCCGAAAUUGGUCAUAAAAAUAUGUCAUGUAUUGGAAUAUUUCAAGCUAACAUACCUCUUUAGUAAAGUGCUGAAUGCACGCAAUGAAAGCGCUCUACAUACUGCAUGCUUGCACAAUCGAGUCAAUUAUAUACGCCCUCUAUUAGGACUCGGUUGCGAUCCAAAUAUUCAAAAUCAUGAUGGAAACACAGCACUGCAUAUUGCAGUUAAAGAGCAACAUGAUAAAUGUACUGAAAGUUUUCUAAAUAGUGGUGUACGCCUAAAUUUGGCGAUUAAGAACGACGAAGGCUUUACACCACUGCAUUUAGCUAUUCGACAAAGGAAUUAUGACGUGGCUAAAAAGUUAUUGCAACAUGAUCACCGAGCAGCACUUGUACCAAAUGCUAAGGAACAAAACAAUGCCUUACAUAUGGCCGUAUUGCAAUCAGAUUAUGAGUUUGUUAAGUUGAUUUUAGAAACUGCAACACAAAAUGUAAUCGAACUCAUGCAUGCAUCCAAUGCAGCUGGACGUAAUGCUGGUGACUUAGCUAAAGAGCUUAAUACAAAAGUGGGCACACAAAUUAUCACAUAUUUCACAUCGUUAGGUUAUAAAGCCGUUGACAGUGUUAAUUUAGUUGUUAAAGAAGAGGAAAUGUCUUCAACUUCCGGUGAAGAAGACGAAGAAGGAACAUCGAAUUCAUUCGAUGAAACUAAACAGAGGGGAAAAAUCAGAGUUAAGGACGAAUUUAAAGGCAUGGGCCUGAAUGAAGUGGACAAUGACAUUGCCGUAAAUAAGCAACCGACAACUUUUGAGGAACUGUUGUGCGAUGCACAAAAAUAUCGGAAUCUAGUUGCUGCUUUAAGUGUGCAAGAUAAAUGGAAGCAGCUAGCUGUGCCCUGCAAAAUGCAACAUUUACUUUGUUUGUGGAACAAAGCUGACGAUAUGUUAGAUUAUAUGCGUAAAAAUAUUGAAUAUGACGUUUUCAUCAAUGCCUUAGGCCUUGUAGAUAAACAGAUCUUAAAGCUGCUACAAAAUAUAUAAAUAAGUACAUAUUUAAACGAAGAGAAAAUUUAAUUUAUAAUUAUAUCUGCGUUAUUAAGGUGUUUAGACUUACUUUUUUUUUUUUUGGCAUGUCAAGUACUACAAACAAGUUUUAAUUACAAUGUACUGGCCAACUUAUAAUUUGUUUGUAUAACUUAUCUACUUCUAUUUAUAAAGAAUAAAAAUAAUUCCAAAUUGUACUAUAAUAUAAUAAAUAAUAUAUAAUGAAUAAACUUAUUUACUCAGAUGUACAGAACAUA